UUCUCAUUUUCAUCCAAAAAGCGAUCUCGUCUCUGAUAAUAAAUUUCCAUUUGACGGUGCGCAAUUUGAACUUGUUUUUAUUUUUCUACCUUAUUUAAAUCAAGUUCAUGACGAAUAAGGAAGACGGUCACCGUUUUUAGGUGGAUUAAACGAUAGAAAAUAAAAAAGUUGGUGGGGAUGACCAAUGUAAACCCACUGUAACAACCUGUGAACGCUGUGAACCAUGACGACGUCGGUCUAAUCUCUCUCCAUAUAAGUAGUCGAGACGUAUGUCGAUUCCAUCUGUCUGCACAAAUCCGUUGUACAGUGUGAGUGGGUUCUCGAUUUUUGUUGUGCAUUUGUACUUAUUUGCUAAGGGGGUUAUUGAAUAGCCCUCUGCAAUGGCUCGUCACUUAAUCACACUAUGCAUCUUCUGCUUCAUAUGCGCCACACAUUCUCCAUGUGCUUCCCAUGUAGCUGUAAAGAAUGAGAAUCUCCUUCAGCAGCAGGAAUACGAAGGCCUCUCCGAUGAUCUGCUCGUGAACGACGUGCAAUCGGCGCAUUGGGAAAGGGAAAAAAGAGACUUGGAUCAUCCCAAUCAUGUCAAUCAUACGCAUCACAGGCGAUCAGUCGACCAAGAUUUCAGAGAGAAAAGAGACAUAGAUCAUUUGAAUCACACCCACCCGCAUAUGGCGAAACGUAGCAUCAAAUUGAAAAGAGAUAGGAGGGAUUUGGAUCAUCCGAAUCACGUGAAUCAUACCCAUGAUAGACGUCUGGUGAAGAGAAAUAGUGAUAUUAGUAGUAGUAAGGAUAAUGUAUAUAGUGAGAAUGAGUAUGUGAAGAAGAUAUUUGAAAUGUAUGGCAGUGGUGAUGUUUUGACGAUACAGGGUUUCGAGAAACUAGUGGAUCAUUUAAAAAUACAAGGUGCUUUAAAACAGGAGGUUGAUCAGAAGAAAAGACAUUCUACAGAGGAACUAUUGAAAGAUCUGAACAAUACUAGGAAUAUGUCACAAAUGUGUAUGAACAAAGACACCAUCACCGCUCUGAUCCGUAGCGAAACGGAGCAAGAGCCUGCCUCCAUGAACGGUUCGCAGUUCUACAAAGCCUGCCCCGUCCUCCUUUACAGUAUUAUAGCGGAAGACUGCGCCGAACGAGAGCAUUUAGAAGAAAACGAAUUGGAAGGAUUGGCGACGUCGCCGUCCAGCGGUCUCGUAUGGCUGUGUUCGAUCAUGGCGAUCGUAAUCAUAAGCGCGUGCGGCGUGUUGUCGCUCGCCAUCAUCCCCGUCAUGCAGAAGAAGUUUUACAAGCCGCUGAUUCAGUUCUUGGUCGCGUUGGCUGUGGGAACAUUGGCUGGAGAUGCCCUAUUGCAUUUAUUGCCCCAUGCCAUGACUCCCAGCCAUCAGCAUGGACAUGGCCAUGCAUUGGAAGAUCCUGAUCACUCUCACGACGAGAAUACUCAGAAAGGUUGCAUAGCCAUGCUUGGAUUGACGUUUUUCUUCAUCAUGGAGAGGUUGAUUCAGCUGUUUGCAAAAUGGAGAAAGGGUAAGACUAAGCAGAGGCAUUCCCACGUCACCGUGAUCAAAGAUAGAAGAGAGAGUAUGAAUCAUAAGAACAAUAUGCAGUGUGUAGAUAAGUACAAUCCUAUCCCGUUCUGCUAUAAAGAUAUCAUGUCUAACCCACAUACCAUCUACGAUUCCGACAAGACUGCCACCACAAUAAUGGAUCCGAGUUCGAACAAUUCGGAUCCGUGCAAAAAACUGAGCAAUGCAAAUUGCGAUCAAAUGGAUUCAAACAGGGAAUGUGCGACUGACCUGAACAUGACCACCGAGUCGAACAAAAUGCUCACGCCUGAACACAAACACGAACACGAUGACUACACUGUGAUUUUAAGGGAACAUAGAAACGAACACCACGGCCAUUCGCACAAGCAUGGCCACGUUCACGCGGCGCCGAAAGACAUGUCUUCUGUGGCUUGGAUGGUGAUCAUGGGUGAUGGACUCCACAAUUUCACCGAUGGCAUGGCGAUUGGGGCAGCUUUUUCAGGUGGUCUGGCUGGCGGAUUCUCGACGACCGUCGCAGUAUUUUGCCACGAGCUUCCACACGAACUCGGAGAUUUCGCUAUGCUUUUGAAAGCAGGAAUGACUAUCAAACAGGCUCUCUUCUAUAAUAUUCUUUCCAGCGUGCUGUGCGUUUUCGGUAACAUCGCGGGAUUGGCUCUAGGUAACAUGGAAGACGCUAGCUCGUGGGUGUUCGCCGCAGCAGCCGGGAUGUUCAUCUACAUCGCGCUGGUCGACAUGAUCCCGGAGCUGAGCUCCGCUCACGAGGAUGAAGGCAACCUGUUGCAAUGCGUCCUGCAUCUAGGAGGUUUGCUCCUAGGCUUCGGAAUCAUGGCGCUGAUAGCUCUCUACGAGCACGACUUGAAAUCGAUGUUCAACGAACAUUGAAGGUCUCAUUUUUCUCACUCUACUUUUUAAUGCUGCCGUUUUUUUUUCCUCCUUUUAUUUUUGCCGAUUUAUGGUAUUAAAAUAAGGCGAAUGCAAUAAUGUUAAAAGGGUUGAUGGCAAUCCUGUGUUUGUUUUGACGUUUACAUAUGGCAGAAACUUGAACAAAAAUGUAUGUUUCAGUUUUCCGAUUUUUAUCACGGCAUCUACUCUUAUUAUAUAGAAUAUAGAGAUUUAGUUUGUACAUGACUGAAUGACAGUCAAUUUGACAGUGAGCUGUUAACUAUUUUUAAGAUUAUUUUUCCUUGAAAGUAUUUAUUUUCCUUAGAUUUUAUUUUAGUGUACUACUGUAGUGCUCGAUUUCAGAAUAUGCAUUUUAAUAAUAAAAAUCAUUUCUCAUA